ACAGGCUUUAUAACAGUCUAGUUUGAGAAGAGGAACAACAGCUGUCUUUAGAGAGCCUUCAAAUAAAACCAUGGAACGGAACGGUGUACUUUUGUGGAUUUUUGGUUUUGCAAUAGUUGUCUGUGGGAAUCAAGAGACUUUACAACAACCUCCCAUUAGUGCUAAACUCCCGUCAUUAAUAAACAUGAACAACGAUUUUGCUUUUCACCUGUACAAAAGGGUUAUUGAAUCGCCUGACUAUCAGUCUAAAAACAUCUUCUUCUCUCCGUUCAGUGUGUCUAUUGCCCUUUCUGAGCUUUCUUUAGGAGCCGGUGGAGACACCAAACAGCAGCUUCUCAGUGGCAUUGGCUACAACAGCACAACCUUCAGCACUGAGGAAAUGCACCAGCUGUUUCACAGUCUCCUGGAAGACAUCGGCAAUAGGACAGGAGUGGACAUCGAUGUCGGCACUGCUCUUUAUGCAAGUGACCGAUUUAAGCCUCAUUCCAAGUUUCUGGAGGACAUGAAGGAGUUUUACCACUCUGAUGGCUUCACUGUAGAUUUCAGGGUCAAAGAAACAGUCGAUCAAAUUAAUAAUUAUGCAAAGAAAAAAACACAAGGAAAAUUCAAUCAAGCUGUUGAUGAUCUGGAAGAGGAUACUUUGAUGUUUCUUCUCACAUAUAUAUAUUUUAAAGGAAAAUGGGACAAGCCUUUUAAGCCAGAAAAAACCCGUGAGAGUACAUUUCAUAUAGAUGAUAAGACCACCGUUCCAGUGCAAAUGAUGCAUCAGUAUGAACGUCUCAAAGUCUUUUAUGAUGCUGAAUUGUCCACUAAAGUCCUCUGUCUUGACUACAAGGAUUCCUUUUCCAUGUUUCUGGCUGUCCCAGAUGAUAAAAUGGAGCACAAAAACAUCAAAGAUCUAGAGAUGACAGUCUCUAGACAGCACUUUGAAAAGUGGAGGAGAAGUGCCUUUAAAAAAACAGUUGACAUCUACGUCCCCAAGCUUUCUCUGAAAACAUCAUACUCCUUGAAGGAUAUUUUGAAGGGAAUGGGAAUGGCUGAUAUGUUUUCAGAUAAAGCCAACUUUACAGGAGUUUCAGAGGAAAAGAUCUUCGUUUCAAAGGUUUUGCAUAAAGCCACUCUGGAUAUCGAUGAGCAAGGAACCACCGCAGCAGCAGUGACAGGAGUUUCAAUGAGAGUAAGGUUACACAACCCAUUGAGUAUUUUGAAAUUUAAUCGCCCAUUCAUGGUCUUUAUCACGGAUCAAACAAAUGACAACAUCCUUUUCUUUGGGAAAGUCGUCAACCCAAAUGAAAAACUGUGAUGUGGCCCACAACAUGUUAAAACAAUGUUAGCCAGUAGGUGGAAACCAUUUAACAACUGCAGUGCCAUAGAUUGCAGAUUUUGUAGAGUUCCGUUUUUAUUGUUUUAACACAUCUGGAGCAGCUUAUUUACUGUAGGUGAUGGUUGGAAAAAAAUAAACUGCAAGAAAUUGAUUUGAUUCCUUUUAUACACCACACAUUUAGUGUUUCAAGGUGCUGUAUGUAAGUUUUUGAUUUUUCUAAAGCAUAAAAAACACCAUAAUAUGUUUGCAGAUAUUUAAAAAAACAUGCCAAGUGAACAUUCUUGUUUAUCUGAAAAACAAUGCUGAAGUCAGAUUUUCUGCUUUGACAAUGUCCAUUACAUGCCGGAACAGCU